CUUCCCCUUCCUCACCAUUCAUCACAGGAGAGGACAUAGAUACCCCCUUUUCCUUUUAGACCACCACUAGACUUAUACAUCACCCCGUUCCCCCCGCCUCCUCCCCAUCACACCCCACCAUCAUGGCUUCCGUCAUCGGAAUCGACGUGGGAAACUCCAGCUCCAAGAUCGGAGCUGCCCGUCAGCGUGGAGUAGACGUUUUGGCAAAUGAGGUCUCGAAUCGUCAGACUCCAUCGCUGAUCUCCUUCGGUCAGAAGAGCCGUGCCAUCGGAGAGGCUGCCGCCACGAUGCAGACUUCCAACUUCAAGAACACCGUCGGAUCACUCAAGCGUCUCAUCGGCCGCACAUUCCAGGACUCGGACAUCCAGGAGUACGAGAAGAAGUUCAUCAAUGCCGAGCUCGUCGACACAAAGGGCGAGGUUGGCGUCAAGGUCCGCUUCGCAAACGAGGAGCGAACCUUUUCUGCCACUCAGCUCAUGGGAGCUUACCUCGGUAAGCUCAGGGAUACUGCCAGCAAGGAGCUCGGAGGCGCUGGUGUCAGCGACGUCGUGCUCUCUGUACCUCAGUGGUUCACUGACCCUCAGCGUAGGGCAAUGCUGGAUGCUGCCGAGGUGGCUGGCCUCAACCCCCUGCGACUGAUGAACGACACCACUGCUACCGCCCUCGGCUACGGUAUCACCAAGACCGACCUGCCUGAGCCAGAGAACCCGAGGAACGUCGUCUUCUGUGACUUCGGUCACUCCAGCUACCAGGUCGCCGUCGUUGCCUUUUCAAAGGGUCAGCUCACUGUUCUCGGUACUGCUUCCGACAGGCAUUUCGGUGGUCGUGACAUGGACCUGGCUCUGCUCAAGCACUUUGCCGAGGAAUUCAAGGGCAAGUACAAGGUCGACGUCAUGUCCAGCCAAAAGGCCAUCUUCCGACUUGCCGCCGGCUGUGAGAGGCUCAAGAAGGUGCUCUCCGCCAACGCCAUUGCUCCCCUCAAUGUUGAGUCUUUGAUGGAGGACAUUGAUGCCUCGUCGCAGCUCAAGCGUGAGGAGUUCGAGCAGCUCAUGGCUCCCCUGCUUGAGCGCAUCACUGCUCCUCUGGAGUCUGCCCUCUCGCAGGCUGGUCUGGCAAAGGACGACAUCUACUCCGUUGAGAUGGUUGGUGGCAGCUCGCGUGUGCCCGCUCUCAAGGAGCGUGUCUCUGCGUUCUUCAACGGCAAGGUUCUGUCCUUCACCUCGAACCAGGACGAGGCCGUGGCCCGAGGUGCUACACUCGCCUGCGCUACCCUCUCGCCUGUCUUCCGUGUGCGAGACUUUGCCGUUCACGACGUCACCAGCUAUCCCAUCAAGGUCACCUGGGAGAAGGCCGACGUCGAUGAAGAGACUGAGCUGCUCGUCUUCCAGCCCAACAACCCCGUUCCCUCUACCAAGAUUCUCACCUUCUACCGCAAGGAGCCCUUCACUCUGGAAGCUCACUAUGCCAACCCAGAGCAACUGCCCAAGGGCAUCAACCCCUUCCUCGGCCAAUUCACAGUCAAGGGUGUCCAGCCCACUGCCAAUGGUGACCACUCCAUUGUCAAGGUCAAGACGAGGCUGAAUCUGCACAGCAUCCUCAACUUCGAGGAGGCCUACGUUGUCGAGGAGGUAGAGAAGGAGGAGGAGGUUGCCAACCCGGAUGCCAUGCAGACAGAUGGCGCCGAUGGCGAGGCCCCGAAGACAAUCAAGCAAAAAGUGAAGAAGCUGCAGCGAAAGGACAAGAGCAGCCUGCCCGUUGUGUCUGGCCUGGGCAAGAAGGACCCCUCUAUCCUCACCGAGCUGAAGGAGGCAGAAGGCGAGAUGUACUCCAAUGACAAGCUUGUCAUCGACACUGCUGACCGCAAGAACGCCCUCGAGGAGAUGAUCUACGACCAGCGAAGCAAGCUCGACUCGACUCUGCGCCCUUAUGUUCAGCCAGAGGAGAAGGAGAAGUACCUAGCUGCCCUCAAUGCCGAGGAGGAGUGGCUGUACAGUGACGACGGUGAGGAUGCCACAAAGUCGGCUUACGUCGAAAGAAUUGAGAAGCUGCAGAAGAUUGGUGGCCCCAUCAUCAAGCGAUUCCAGGAGAAUGACGCUCGUCCCAAGGCUGCCUCUGCCCUUCGCGAGACGAUCAACAAGUUCCUUGAGCAGGCUCAGGGCGGUGAUGAGAAGUACUCCCACAUCAGCGACGCAGACAAGCAAAAGGUCAUUGAGAAGUGCGCUACCGUGGCCAAGUGGCUGGACGACAUCCUGUACAAGCAGGGUGAGCUGCCGAAGAAUGUCAACCCCAAGGUGACGGCUGCUGACAUGGCAAAGCAGCGCGACGAUGUGCUGUACGUCUGCACUCCCAUCAUGAGCAAGCUGAAGCCAAAGGCACCCCCUGCGCCAUCGCAGCAAGAUGCACCGCCCAAGAAGGAGGAGGCCGCAGAGGAGAAGGCUGCUGAUGGCGAGGCAAAGGUUGAGGAGGAAAUCCCGGAGAUGGAUGUAGACUAAAAGAACAAUCACGCGGCUGCUGCUACACUGGCCACGGAUCCUGUUAUCACCAGAAGUCAGAGUAUCUGACUGUAUCUCCAU